GAGAUCAGUGAUUCACUCUCUCAGUCAGACGCUGUAAACAAACGCUGAAGCUUCGACACUCGCUCGAUAUUUAUGAAAUCUAAAGAAUGGACAUAAAGCUUCGGAUUAUUACACACAGUCGUGUUUUAUUGUGUGUUUUUCUCACGUUUAUUGUCGCCGGCGUGUUUCCGGUGGCUGUAGCGAUAGAUGUUUAUACUCCGGCUGAAGUGUUUGUAGAGAAUGGAACCACAGCGACGCUGACGUGUAGUUUUAAAUCUAAGGAGGUGAUCAGUAGUUUAGCAUCAGUCACAUGGUCUUUCCUUCCAGAAGGCGACGCUGGAAACCCUACUCAUUUCAUCUAUUACGGCGAUGGAAGAGUGUUCCCCAUCUCUUUGCCGCAGUUCAUUUCUCGUGUGGAGUGGGCCGGAGACUUGAACAAGAAGGACGCUUCCAUCCGCGUGACUCGGGUGCAGUUCAAAGACAACGGGACAUACGUGUGUGACGUGAAGAAUCCUCCGGACAUCACCGGACAGCCGUCCAUCAUUAAAGUCCGAGUAGUCAUGAAAGAGUCUCUUCCACAGAGCAGCACGGCCGUGAUCGUGGGCGGCGUGAUCGGAGCUGUGAUCGGCAUCAUCAUCAUCUCUGUGGUCAUGUAUCUGAUCAUCAGACGACAGGUGCCCAGACCAGAUUACGAAGGCUGCACCUCAGUAGAGAGUGUGAGCUCACAGAACACGCGUGUGGGGAAGAAGGUGGAGUCAAGCUCAGACAACUCCUCUUGCUCCAGCCCCUCUGCCCCCCUACAGGGCCCGGUGAUCUACGCUCAGCUCGAUCACUCCGGCAGUAGGAGUUCCUUCCACAAGAUGGAGCCGGUGGUCUACGCAGACAUCCGGAAGAACUAGAGCAGCGGUUAUUGCAUGUGCAUCUUUACAUUCAUUCACAUUCUAAACGAAUCUAAGAGAACAGGUGUCAAUGACAGACGUACGGUCAGAGGCUCGAGCAGAUGGGUUAGUACUGGACAGAUGAUUUCACAUGUUGUAGGUUUUCUAACCGCACAAGCUCUGGCUCCUUCUGCUGUUAUUGGAUGUGUGUAUGUGUAUUAUUGUCAUUGCUAGUGUAAUAUCACUCAUAUUAAUACCUCUGAUGAUGUCAUUCAGGGGCCGGUUGUAUUAAAAGCUUAAACUAGUCUUACAAGUUAGUAAUGCAAUUGUUGUCUUCAAGACUGGUCAUAACUUCUUUAAGACAGGUACAUAAAAGGGUAGAUUAGUGUAAUUAAAAUUCCAAAAGUAAGACUUCAUUUUAUAAGCUGUUUAUGCAACCGGCCCCAGAUCAUCAGAACUAAUCAUCUUGUACAUAAAGACCAAAUGUUCACCCCACAUUCUCAUUCCAGUGACGUUUACUGCAACAGCGCUUCUUUAUUACAGUCAAAUUAUACUGUAAGCAUUUUUGUUUUUUAUUGAAAGAGAUUUUAGUGUUUAGUUCAGUAAUGAGAAUUUGGGAGUGACAUUUUCUCAUGACGGUAAUGUCCUGGCUUUAUAUGUCUACAUAUACUUUAAAUGACACAGACAGAAUGAUGUCUGGCGUGCUUCAGUCUGCUGUGUUUGCUUGUAAACAGAUCAAUAGCACUAUGUACAGUAACACUGACAUCUAUGCCAAAAACACUCCAGUCGCUGUUGGCUUCAGAAUGAUUCAAGUAAAGUAAAGUUAGCGUGCAUGUGUCGACGGUUAGACUAACAGCUAGUGAUCAUGAAACUAAUGUCUCUGUAGUGUUGAUGUAGAAACAUAUUCAGUGUCAGGGUGCUAGUAAACAAGUUCUUCUUCAGGGCUGAUGGGGACUUUUUGUUUUCCUGCUCUAUACACUCCAUUCUAUCUUUUACUACAUUCCAGUUCAUGUCUUCAAUUUUUCUUACGUCUUACUUUUAUUUUCUUUAAUUUAAACGUUCCGACACUUUCUGAAAAAGACCAAACGGAGCGAUGGUUCUUUCACACGUAUGAUGCUGGACUCUUGAGUUUGUGUUGUUUUUCUUAGAUGAUGAUUUUUUUAUUGAUGGACAAGCGAGAUGAUGAUGAAGAACUGCAGUUACUGCAACAUUCCAAUAAUGCGACUUUUUCUCUUUUGUACUGUGGUUGCGAAUACUGCACUGUUAGAUUUUGUUGUGCCAACUGUUUGUUAACUGAAACAUUGUGCCUUCAACAUUCAUGAACGAACUCACACACCUGAUCUUGUAUUUUUGGUUUAUUGGCCUUUUGUAUAUGAAUCCAGCUGUAUCUGUCUAAUUUUAUACAUACAUAUAUAUAUAAAUAUCACAUUGACUGAA